AUGGUCAAAUUUUACGAGCUAUCCUUCAGCUACGACUAUUCCUUUCCAGCUGUCACCCUCGCCUACUUUCUCCGAUAUCCGAAUCCUUAUAGCAGACAUGUCCUCUCUACCGAUGUUAUAUCGCGCGAACUUGACGCCUCUGGACGGCUACAUACAGUGCGAAUCCACCGCAAGCGCACUCGACUACCCUCGGCCGUCCUAAAAUUUCUACCACAGUCUGUCCUUGGAAGUGUUAGUGGCGGGCGAAGCGAAUCAUACGUCCUUGAGCGUAGUACUGUUGACAUUAAAGAGGGAUGGAUGCGUACAGAAAGCAAAAAUUUAGAUUGGACGGGUAUACUGAGCGUAGUGGAGAAGCAGGAAUAUCGACGACUCUCGCCCAUGAAACCCGGCGAGGACUUUGGGAUUGAUGCCGAUACAACGAGCGUGCUAUCGACAGUUAUAUUCCGUUCAAGGAUGGGUGACCGGUUGCGAGCGCGAUCUGAAAAAGCGGAAGAUCAAGCAGCAUUAGAUACACAAGAGGAGGCCAAAAAAACUUUCCUGACUAGGUGGAGUACGAGUGGUGUUCAGAAGAGUAUCGAGGCAAUAGCGCGUCAUCGAAGCGAGAAUCUCCUCGGAAAGAGCAAGCAGGGGAUGGUAGUUGUGCUUGAAAGACUGAGAUCAGGUGGCUUAAUAGCUGUCCUGGAAGGAAUGCGAAGAGACAGAGAUGUUGCCCAGCCACUCUAG